GCAGCAGCAGCAGCACAGCCAGCACCGUCAGCAACCACCAGCACCACCAGCAACCAGCAGGAGCAGACGUGCCACAGCCACCAAGCUGGCAACCACAAGCUAUCGGCUGGUUGUGGCGCCGGCUGGCAGCCAAAGGAGCGGCGGGAAUGUGGUCGUCAGCAGCGUCAGCGGUGGCGCCACCGUCACGGGCAACACAAUUGUCACCACGGGCAACGGCAGCAACAGCUCCGGCAGCGGCGGCGGUGGCGGCGGCGGCCUGAACGUGACCACAAUCACCACCACCAGCAAUAGCUCGCAGGCGCAGUCGUCCUCCGGUGGCCAGAGCAAUGGCACCACCUACAAGAUCGAGAUGCUGGACGAUGACAUGCAGAGUCUGGCCACGGAUGACGAGGACGAUGAUUUGAUUAGCAGCGAGGGCAGUCUGUACGAUGGCGAUCUCAAUACGCUGGCCAACGACGAUGUCGCCCACCAGCUGGCGGCUGCUGGGCCGGUGGGUGUGGCAGCGGCCGCUGCGAUAGCCAGCUCAAAGAAACGCAAGCGUCCGCACUGCUUCGAAACGAAUCCGUCGGUGCGGAAGCGGCAACAGAAUCGUCUGCUGCGCAAACUGCGCGGCAUCAUCUACGAAUUCACCGGGCGCGUGGGCAAGCAGGCGGUGGUGCUGGUGGCGACGCCAGGCAAGCCGAACACCAGCUACAAGGUGUUCGGGGCGAAGCCGCUGGAGGAUGUGCUGCGCAAUCUGAAGAACAUUGUGAUGGAUGAGCUGGACAAUGCGCUGGCCCAACAGGCGCCGCCGCCGCCGCAGGAGGAUCCCUCGCUGUUCGAGCUGCCCGGCCUGGUCAUCGAUGGCAUACCGACGCCCGUCGAGAAGAUGACGCAGGCACAGCUGCGUGCGUUCAUACCGCUCAUGCUCAAGUAUUCGACGGGGCGCGGCAAGCCGGGCUGGGGGCGAGAGUCGACACGGCCGCCAUGGUGGCCCAAGGAGUUGCCGUGGGCGAAUGUGCGCAUGGAUGCCCGCUCCGAGGAUGACAAGCAGAAGAUUAGCUGGACCCAUGCGCUGCGCAAGAUUGUGAUCAAUUGCUACAAAUAUCAUGGACGCGAGGAUCUGCUGCCGACAUUCGCCGACGACGAGGACAAGGUGAAUGCGCUGAUCUCGCAGUCUGGCGACGAGGACGAGGACAUGGAGCAGCUGUCCAAUACGCCCACCAUACAGACGGUGCAAACGGUGACGCCGGCCACCAAUCAAACCACCAGCCAAUACACGACACAAACUGUCCUGUCGCAGAACGCCGAUGGCACCGUCUCUCUCAUACAGGUGGAUCCUAACAAUCCAAUCAUAACGCUGCCCGACGGCACAACAGCUCAGGUUCAGGGCGUGGCAACGCUGCAUCAAGGCGAAGGCGGCGCCACCAUACAAACGGUACAAAGUCUCGCCGAUGUGAAUGGUCAUGAUAAUAUGACCGUGGAUCUGACCGAGGCGCAGGAUGGCCAAAUCUUUAUUACCACCGAGGAUGGGCAGGGAUAUCCGGUCUCAGUGAGCAAUGUCAUAUCGGUGCCCGUCUCCAUGUAUCAGUCGGUGAUGGCCAACAUGCAGCAGCUGCAGACGAAUAGCGAUGGCACCGUGUGCUUGGCCCCCAUGCAGGUAGAUAACAGCAACACACCAAACAACGACAGCAACAACAACAACAACAGCAACACAACCAACAGCAGUAAUAGUAGUAGCGGCAGCCCAUCUGCUGCCGCGCCCACCUCGCUGCUAGGCAUCUCAGUAAUCAACGCUGGCGCCAUGCUAGGCCGGCGUCUUACUGGCAGCGGCGCUGGCGUCGCAGCAGCAGCGGCAACGUCCACUGCCGGGCAACAGCCGGCGCUGACGCUGCAAGCGCCGCCUGGCAUUCGGUUCUACUGGGCCGCCAGUCCGGGUAGCGGCAGCGGCAGCGGCGCUGGCAGCAGCAAUUUGAAUGCUACCGCUAGCUUUAAUCUCGCCAAUAACAAUAACAAUAGCAUGCUUACUAAUAAUAAUAAUAAUAGCAACAACAACAACAACAGUAGCAGUAAUAGCAGUAGCAAUAAUAACAUUAAAAUGAGGCUGCCCGUAGUGCUGACAGCGCCGGCGACGUCGACUGCGCAGCGGCGCCUCGAACCAAAUGCGUCGCGGCGCACAGCGCAAAAACGCCGCAAGCUGAACAACAACAACAGCAGCAGCGCCGGCAGCAGCAACAACAACAAUACUAACAAUAAUAGUAAUAAUAGUAAGCAAACUUUACGCAAAAAAGCAAACGACAUAACGGUACCUGCUGCUGCUGCUGCUGAAACGUCCACCAUACGCUGCGUGGACAGCGCCAGUCUGACCAAUGCCAGCGGCGGCGCCGGCGUCGGCGGCAGCGCAGCCUUGCAACUGCAGCUGCCAACGAAAACCAUUAAAUUAGAGCAUUUGGAGUAGUAGACUUUAAGCAGCCAUACGCACAUACUUGCCACGCCCACGCCCACGCCAAACGCCAAUUUCCAUCAAUAUUUAAAGCUAGUUACCAUUGCACGUAUCAAAUCUAGUCAAAACGGCGCUGCGUGCACACAGACACACAUACA